UUUUUUUUUUAUUAUUUUUAUUUUUCAAUAACAGGUUUUAUUUAGAAUAAUAAUAUAUAAAAAAUGGGUAGAGCUAGAGAGAAAAAGCAUUCCAAAGGUCGUUUGGAUAAAUAUUACCAUUUAGCCAAGGAGCAAGGUUAUCGUGCACGUUCUGCAUUUAAACUUAUUCAAUUAAACAAAAAGUAUAAUUUCUUGGAAAAGUCUCGAGUGUUAAUCGAUCUGUGUGCUGCUCCAGGUGGUUGGUUACAAGUGGCUACAAAAUAUAUGCCUCAAUCAAGUUUAGUAAUUGGUGUGGAUCUUGUUGCAAUUAAACCAAUUCCUGGUGUAAUCACAUUCCAAGAUGAUAUUACAAGUGAACGAUGUCGACAGAAUCUUCGACAAGAAAUGAAGACUUGGAAAGCGGAUGUUGUUCUUCAUGAUGGUGCUCCUAAUGUUGGUAAAGCAUGGAUUCAUGAUGCUUAUUCACAAUCAGAACUUGUAUUGGUUUCAUUAAAGUUAGCUACUGAAUUCUUGGGAAAGGGAGGUACCUUUGUUACCAAAGUGUUUAGAUCCAAAGAUUACAACAAGUUGCUAUGGGUCUUUCAACAACUUUUCCGUAAAGUAGAAGCCACAAAGCCACCUUCAUCUCGUAAUGUCUCUGCUGAAAUUUUUGUAGUGUGUCGUGAUUUUAUUGCACCCAAGAAAAUUGAUCCUCGUAUCUUGGAUCCUAAAUCUGUCUUUUCAGAUGUGGGAGCAGAGGAACAGAAGAAGAUGACAGAUAUUUUUAAACCAGAAAAGAAGAGUAGACACAGAGACGGUUAUGAGGAAGGUGAUUACACAUUGCACAAAAAGGUGGAUAUCAUGGAAUUUAUACGAUCACAAGAUCCUAUUAAUGUAUUGGGUUCCUACAAUCAAUUUGUUUGGGAAUCAGAUGAAGCUAGGGAACUUUUAAAACGUGACAUUACAACAGAGGAUGUGAAAGUGAAUUGUGAAGAUUUAAAGGUGCUUGGUAAAGGUGACUUUAAAGUACUGUUGAAAUGGAGAGCAACGAUUCGAGAGGAGUAUAAGAUGGAUAAAAAAGAAGAAGAAGCAGCCAUGAAUGUUCCUUUAAUUGAAGAAGAGCCUUUAGACGAAGAUGAAUUACUUGAAGCUGAGCUUGCUAAUUUAACAAAGGAAGAAGCAGCAAAAAGGAAACGAGAGAGAAGAAAGGCAAAUGAAAAGAAGAUGAAGUUGAUUCAACGUAUGCAGUUAAAUAUGAUUAUUCCUACUGAUAUUGCAUUAGAUGAGAAUGGAGCUGCUGAUGAUGAAGUAUUCAAUAUCAAGAAGAUUAAGAAAGAUGAAUCACUUGCAAAAUUGCAAGAAGGUGAUAUGUCUCUUGCUGACGAACUAGAGGAAGAAGAUGAUGUGCAUAUUGACAAGAGUAUUGAAGGUCGUAUCCGAGAAAUGGAUGAAGUUCUUGAUACAGAUGAAGAAUAUGAACGUGAUCUUGAGGAACAAAUGGAUGAAGAGUAUAGAAGAUAUAAACAACGUAGAGCAGAAAAGGAUGCGAAAUUUAGAGCUAGACAAGUUCGUGAAGAAGCAGAUGAAUGGAAUGGCUUUGACGAAAAGAAGGAGGAUGAAAGGGAUAAACGAUUUGAUUCUGAUUCUGAUUCUUCUGAUUCUUCAAGUUCAUCUGAAUCUGAGUCUGAGUCUGAGUCUGAGUCUGAUACAGAUAGUGAAGAUGAUACUGCCCACCUUGUUAGAAAGGCUCCUAAACAAACUAAAUCAGUUACAAGAACUACAAAUUCACUUAUGAAUGACCUUGGCGAGAAAGCUGCACUUUCUAAAAAGACGACAAGUGGUUUAAGUACAGCAGCUGCUAUGUUUUUCGAUCAAGACAUUUUUCAAGACGUUGAACUUGAUGAGCUAGUAGAAAAUGAGAAAGAUGAAGAGUCUAGUGAUGAUGAAGAAGAUAUCCUCUUACAUGAACAACACACUCGUAAAAGAAAGAGAAGUCAAGAGGAAGAAGAAGAAGAUCAUAGUGAUUUUGAGAUUCAAGAAACUGAAGAUAUUCUUCCUUCAGAUGAUGAAUUUUGGGAUGGUAAAGAAGAUGAAAAUUCCAAGGCUAUGAAGAAAGCAAUAGAAAAUGGUUUAACCACUGCUGAAUCGAUUACGUUAGCAAGACAGUUGGCUAAUAAAGAAAAGACAUUACAAGAUCUUAUUGAUGAUGGUUUCUCUAAAGAAGCAUUUAGAGAUAAAGAUGGUCUUCCAGAAUGGUUCUUGGAUGAUGAAAAGCAACAUAAUAAACCCAACUUGCCUGUAACAAAAGAAGCUAUGAAUCAAUUACGUGAAAAACUUCGAGCCCUUAAUGCACGACCUAUUAAGAAAGUAGCUGAAGCUAAGGCACGUAAGAAGCUUAAACUUGCACAAAGAAUUGCCAAAGCACAAAAGAAAGCUACAGAUAUUGUUGAUAAUCCAGACAUGACAGAAAAAGAAAAGGCAAAGACGAUUGGUAAACUAAUAGCUAGAGCCUCGAAAACGAAGCCAAAGAAGGAAGUCAAGGUGGUUGUUGCCAAGGGUGCGAAUCGUGGUAUCAAGGGACGUCCUAAAGGUGUUAAAGGUCGUUAUAAGAUGGUUGAUGGUGUCAUGAAGAAUGAAAAACGAGCUGCAAAGAGACGAGAAAAGAAAUUAAAGAAGAGACAUGGUCGUCGUUAAAGAAAGAAAGAAAAAGACUAUUACUGCUAUUCAACUGAAAUCUCCGGGAAACUACAAGAGUGGUACAUGUUAUAUUAAACCCCACAUUUGGUGUAAAUGUCAUUCUUUUUUCCCACAUGCAUGUAUCACUUCAGAAUAAUAAUCAU